CGGUUACAAAUCAAAUCGAAGCGGAGCACAAAUUGCAAUCUGUCGUGCUGGAUCGAGCCGUCAACCCAAUCACCAUCCCCGGCCUUUGACUUGCGCAAGAGCAGCAACUGUAAACUUCUCUUCCCUUGCUUUAACACAACGCAACGAGAUCUCGGCAUGGCUGUCCUCCCCUGCUUCCUCGUGCUCCUCCUAUUCUCCACGCCGCUGCCGCUCAUCGCCAGCGCCGCCGCGUACUCGGAGUACUCGUGCAAUGGCACCACGGGCAACUUCACGUCGGGCAGCGCGUUCGGCGCCAACCUGGACCGCCUCGUCGCGGCGCUCCCCUCCAACGCCUCCUCGUCGGCGUCGCUCUUCGCCUCGGCGGCCGUCGGGACCGCCCCGGACACGACGUACGGCCUCGCGCUCUGCCGCGGGGACAUCACGGACCCCAGGGUUUGCUCGGCGUGCCUCGGCGACGCGUUCCGGCAGCUGCGGCAGCUCUGCGGCGGGGACAGGGACGCCACGUUCUACCACGACCUGUGCACGGCCCGGUACUCCGGGGACGACUUCCUGGCGCGGCCCGACGACAACUCCCCCGUCAUCAACGGCAUGGACGUGAACGGGUCGACGUACCCCGGGUGGGACGCCCGGAACGCCACGAGCCGGAGCUUCUUCCUGUCGCUGGUGGGCACGCUGUUCGGGGAGAUGGCCAUGUACAGCGCCUACAACUCCUCGGCGUCGCGCCGGUUCGCCAGCGCCGUCAUGUUCAUCAACCCGCAGCUGCCCACCGUGUACGGGCUGACGCAGUGCACGCCGGACCUCUCCCCGGCGCAGUGCUGGCACUGCUUACAGGGCAUCCAGGACCAGAACCGGCAGUGGUACGACGGACGCGAGGGCGGGCGCAUCCUCGGCGUCCGGUGCAGCUUCCGGUACGAGGGGUACCAGUUCUACGACGGCACGCCGGACGUCAGGAUCGGCCUGCAGGGCGGCUCAUCUUCACCAGCUGCUGGAAGCAAUGGAAGCAACCACAGGAAGGUCUUAGUCAUUGCUCUCAUCGUCUCAAUCACGGUGUUCUGUAUCAUGCUGGUUGCCGUCCUGAUGCUAAUCAGAACACAAAGAAAAAGCGCCGGAAAGGCGAAGCUGCAGUUGCCAGCACACUCCCGGGACAGCUCCAAGACAGAGGAGGCGCUGAAACUCUGGCGGAUCGAGGAGAGCGGCUCGGAGUUCACGCUGUACGACUUCUCGGAGCUGGCGGCCGCGACAAGGGACUUCUCCGACGAGAACCGGCUCGGCAGAGGCGGGUUCGGCCCCGUCUACAAGGGCAAGCUGGCGGACGGUGCGGAGAUCGCGGUGAAGCGGCUGGCGGCGCAUUCGGGGCAGGGGCUGCAGGAGUUCAAGAACGAGAUCCAGCUGAUCGCCAAGCUGCAGCACACCAACCUGGUCCGCCUCGUGGGUUGCUGCGUCCAGCAGGAGGAGAAGAUGCUCGUCUACGAGUACAUGCCCAACCGCAGCCUCGACUGCUUCAUCUUCGACCAGCAGCGGGGGCCGUUGCUGGAUUGGGAGAAACGGCUGCACGUAAUCGAGGGCAUUGCGCAGGGGCUGCUCUACCUGCACAAGCACUCCCGGGUUCGCAUCAUUCACCGGGAUCUGAAGGCCAGCAACAUUCUGCUGGACAAGGACCUCAAACCCAAGAUCUCGGACUUCGGCAUGGCCAGGAUCUUCGGCUCCAACAUGACGGAGGCCAACACCAACAGGGUCGUCGGCACCUACGGUUACAUGGCUCCUGAGUACGCGUCGGAGGGCAUCUUCUCGGUCAAGUCCGACGUGUACAGCUUCGGCGUGUUGCUGCUGGAGAUCGUCAGCGGCAAGAGGAACAGCGGCCACCACCAUUACGGCGACUUUGUCAACCUGCUCGGAUACGCUUGGCAGCUGUGGAAGGAAGGGAGAGCGUUCGAACUGAUCGACCCGACGCUGGGCGAGUGCAGCGACGUGGCGAGCAUCAUGCGGUGCGUCAAGGUGGCGCUGCUGUGCGUGCAGGACAACGCCAUGGACCGGCCGGCGAUGGCGGACGUGACGGCGAUGCUGGCCGCCACCGAGGCGCUCCCGGACCCGAGGCGGCCGCCGCACUUCUCCCUCAGGGUCAGCAGCAGCGACGACGGCAGCGGCGGCGGGUCGGAGGUGCGGACACGGUCGCACGGCACCAACGAGCUCACCAUCACCACCAUCCAGGAGGGCAGAUGAUUGAUUAGCAACGUCGUCGUCUUGAUCCGUCACGAUGUAAACAUCUAUCUCCUGAUGGAAUCGAGCUGUGUGAAUGAGUAGACGAUUAGUCGGCGGUUGAGAUGCGAGGGGGCGUUUUCUUUUGUGUGAGACCGUGACGUGUCACGUGACAAUUGUGCGUACGUGUACAGACAAAUGCUAGAAGGUAAAAUCUAAAUUCUUCCUAGCGUACAUACACGUUUGUUGUAUGA